CCACUGACACCAACUUAACCCAGCAGACUGCCCUGCACCGGGAUUGGGGUCAGGUGAGGGGAUAUCGGGAUGGGGCUGGGGCUGCGGCGGUGCUUCCAUGGGCUCAGCUCCGUUCUGGCAGCAUGGAGGUUCUCACGACCCAGCUCCUAUUCCAGGGCUCGUCCAGCUAUUUAAAGCGCACCAAGAGGGGAAAAGUGCUCUGAAAAUGCAGUUUCUGUGCACUAGACACCGUGCCAAAUAUUCUGUCUCUUUCAUAGGCGGAUAGCGAGGGAUCCCACGGCUUGUCGGGUUUGUUUUCUUGCCCACUUUCAGCCAUAUGUGCUCGAAAGCUACAAGGCCCUAUUAGGGAUUCGAAAAGUCAUCUAGCGGGUGAGCGAGCAGAGCUAGCCCUCCGAACCAAAAAAAAGCAGGAUGCAGGCUGCUUUCUCAUCCAGAAAAACAGCGCCGGCCAAAAUAAAGAAAGCACUUCUGCAGCGAAAAGCCUGAAAUGGGAAGCAGCAGCCUGCCUCGCCUGGGGAGAAGGGAAGAAACAGAGGCAAACAUCCCGCCCGUGACCAACACGCAACCACACUACAGGAAGCAGUAGCCUCCGGUGAUAAAUAGGAGCCCCGGCAGCACAGGAUGCGCGUGGGGUGAGCUCGGCGGGCCGAGGGGAUGUGAGGCAGUGUCCGUCCAUCCGUCCAGCCGGCGGGAUGGCCGCGGCCCUGCUGCUGCCGCUGUGGCUGCUGCUGCUGGUGACGGCGGUGGCACGGGGUGAGGACGCCGAGGUGCUCUGCGCCGACACCGCCUGCUACACACUGCACCGGGCCGAGCUGGGAUGGAGUGCUGCACAAGAGCGCUGCCAGCACAACGGCGGCAACCUGGCUCCAGCAAGCAGCCGGGCCGAGGCCGAGCGACUUGAGCAGCUGCUGGCAGCCAGCGCGGCCGCCUCGGCGUGGAUCGGGCUGCGGCUGGAGCGCGGCCACUGCGUGCAGUCCCAGGAGCCGCUGAGGGGCUUCGCCUGGGCGGCCGGCGGGGAGCCCGGCAACUACUCAGCCUGGCUGGCCGAGCCCCACGUCACCUGCCUCAGCACCCGCUGCGUCGCCCUGCGGCCCGCCGGCCCCCAGGGGCCUCCAGGAUGGGUCGACCGGCCGUGCCGGGCCACGCUGCCCUCCUUCCUCUGCAAGUUCAGCUUCCGGGGGAUGUGCGGGCCCCUGCGGCUCGGGGGGCCCGGCCGGGUCAGCUACGAGACGCCCUUCAGGGUGCGCAGCCCAGCACUGGCAGCCGCCCCCUUUGGCACGCUGGCAGAGGUGGUCUGCGAGGGGGCUGCGAGCCCGGCCUUCUCCGUAUGCAAGGGGCAGCUGGAGGGGGACAGCUUUGCCUGGCAUCCUCCUGGGCCCCUCUGCCCCAACACCUGCACCUACAACAACGGGGGCUGCCAGCAGCUGUGCAUGGAGGCAUCUGGGCAGCCGUCAUACUGUGCUUGCCAUCCUGGCUACGUGCUGGGCCCCGACAUGGCCUCCUGUCUGCCCGAGGAUGCCUGCCACCCCAACCCCUGCCAGGGGACCUGCCAGCCCCGGCCCGGAGGCUUCGAAUGCAUCUGCGAGGCUGGCUACGUCCUGGCACCUGAUGGCCUCCACUGCGUGGAUGUGGAUGAGUGCCUGGAGGAGCCCUGCAAGCACGAGUGCCACAACACGGCCGGCAGCUUCUACUGCUCCUGCCAGCCCGGCUACCAGACAGCAGGGCCUGAUGGCCACGACUGCCGCGAUGAGGAUGAGUGCGCCCGGCCCAAUGCCUGCCCCCAGCUCUGCCUCAACGUCCCCGGCUCCUUCCGCUGCACCUGCAAGGCCGGCUACCAGCAGCAGCCUGGCAGCGAUGCCUGCCUGGAUGUGGACGAGUGCCUGCGAGACCCCUGUCUCGGGUCCUGCCACAAUUUCCCCGGCAGCUUCAAGUGCAUCUGCCCGCCUGGCUUCCUCCUGCAGGACGAUGGACACAGCUGCCUCGCUGCACCCACCACAGGAGAGCAGCUGGCAGGCACCAUGGGGACCACCGCCAUCCUCCAGACUGCCAGCACCGCGUGGACCGUGGGCACCCCCAGCCCUGCAGCCGUUCCUGGUGGGUUGACACCACCAGCCCCCACGGUGGUGGUGUCAGAGCACAGCCCCGAGCAUGGCGCUGAUGGCCCCCGGCUGCUCCUCUACUACAUCCUGGGCAGCCUGGUGGCCAUCCUGCUGCUGCUGGCCUUUGCCCUGGCCCUGGUGGCCUGCAGAAAGAGGGCGGCGAGGCAGGAGAAACCAAAAGCCAAAAGCGCGGCGGACAACUACUGCUGGGUGCCCGAGCAGCCCGAGAGCCGCAGCAGGGCAGGCAGUGAGCGCAGCUGCCGCCCCGGUCGGCGGCAUGACAGAGAUUCGCCGCGCCGGCCGCCCGCCAUGCGGCGGCUCCCGCUGCCGCUGCUGCUGGCCGGACUGGUGCUGGGGCUGGGGCUGGGACUCGGCGAGCCGGAGCCGCCCGUCCCGUCGGGGACGCAGUGCCUGGAGCACGACUGCUUCGCCGUCUUCUGGGAGCCGGGGCCCUUCGCGGCGGCCAGCGCGGCCUGCCAGCGGCACGGCGGCCACCUGAUGACCGUGCGCUCCACGGUAGCUGAGGAUGUGAUCGAGCUGCUGCUGCGGAACCGCGGCGGGCGGCUGUGGCUCGGGCUGCGGCUGCCCACCCAGUGCACCGAGCCGGCGCAGCGCCUGCGCGGCUUCCAGUGGGUGACCGGCGACACCCGCACCGACUACGACAACUGGGCGCCGUCGCGGCGGCGUUGCGGGCAGCUCUGCGUGGCGGUGUCCCGGGAGCUGAGCUGGGAGGAGCGGCGCUGCGAGGAGCCGGCCGACGGCUUCCUCUGCGAGUACAACUACCCCGACAGCUGCCCGCGCCUGCCGCUCGCCGACGGCGCGUCCCUCGCCUACCGCACCCCCUUCGGCGCCACCGGCGGUGACUUUCUGGCUCUGCCGCCCGGCUCCACCGCCGUCGUCUCGCCGACGGGGCUCCAGCUGCUCUGCGAGGCCGCGGCCUCCGGCGGGAGAACGCGCUGGGGCCGUUCCGAGCCCGGAGCCUGGCCGUGCCUCCUGGCCAACGGCGGCUGCGAGGGAAGCUGCGAGGAGUUCGACGGGGCUCCGCGCUGCGUCUGCCCCGCCGGCAAGAAGCUCGGCCCCGACGGGCGCGACUGCCUGUCGCCGUGCGCCGGCGCUCCCUGCGAUCAGCACUGCGUGCCCGACGGGGAGGACUUCCACUGCAUGUGCACCGAGGGCUACGAGCUGGGCCCCGACGGCAGCAGCUGCCAGGACGUGGACGACUGCGUCAAGGUGCCAGAGGUGUGCGAGCAGGUCUGUCACAACACCGAGGGCGGCUUCGAGUGUCGCUGCCAUCGUGGCUACGAGAUGGUGGAGGGGCACUGCAUGCCCGUCCCCAACUGCAGCACCGGGCCCUGCGACCACAUCUGUGAGGACGUGCCCGGCAGUUACCGGUGCAGCUGUCACAGCGGCUACGUUGUCGACCCGAAGAAUCCCACCCAGUGCGUGCGGCAAUGCGAGGACGGCAGAUGCCCGGCCGAGUGUGACUUCAGCAACCUCUCCUGUUUUUGUCCUGAAGGCUUUGUGACGGACCACCUGCCCGACGGUGUCACGCUCUGCGUUGACAUUGAUGAGUGUGAGAAUAAUUACUGCGAGCACAACUGCACCAACACGCUCGGCAGCUACAGGUGCCACUGCCAGCCCGGCUACGAAGCCUUUGACAUCAACCACUGCCGACCCAUCUCACAGGACGACAACGUGGAUGAGUACUCAGGAGAUUCUGACCCCUCCGUGCCGGUCCCCAGCCACGUCCCACCCAAAGCAGAGCAGCUGCACCCUGGGGCACUGGUGGGCAUCACGAUGGGCGUGCUGUGCGCGGCGCUGGUGCUGCUGGCCGUCGGCUACCACGUGGCGAGGAAGCGCUGCCAUCCCCCCAGCUCGAUGGAGUACAAGUGUGGCAGCCCCCGUGAGAAAGAGAUGGGGCUCCAGCAGGUGUCUGCAAGCCAGAAAGUGUAGGGAGCCUGGCAGCGAGCGGGAGGUGGAUGGAACUGGGUAACGUUUGGUUGUAACCCCCCUGGUUUGUAAGGAGAAAGCGAGGAAAGCAGCUCAUCGCAUCGACUUCUCGUGCUGCCCACCUUGCCUGUUGCAUACAGACCUCAGAUUGCCAGCAAUGCAGGGACCCCGCGGAGCAUCACCGUGGUGGGGCUAAAGUGCUGAUUUCUCUCCCCUCCCACCACUUGGGAACUGUUUGGGGGUGACAUGGGUGUUCCAAGAGCACUGGGGUCAUUUGUAGGAAAGGCAUUUUCAGCGCUGGUGACACUGUGCCUUUUUUCCUCUUGUGUUCUUUCUUUUUUUUCCCUUUUUUAAUUUUUUUUUUUUUUAAUCCAGGGUGAGUUUAAUUUGUGUGGAAGUUGACGGCAAAACUUCCUGGUGAUGUUUGUGAUGUUUGUGUUCCAGACCUUGCUGCUUGCUUUGCAGAUGCAGGCUGGAGGAUAAA